GUGAAAAUGCCGGGGAGGCGAUGUCGCCGCUGCUGAUCUGGGGCUACUGGCGUUCGGUGCUGGCCCGGGCCUGCCACCCCAGGUUUUCGGCGGGGUACUGCGGGGCCUCGGGCAGACAGGGUUGCGCGCAGGAACCCCCAGUCGGAGCGUGCGAGCUACGGGGCGAGCUGGACAGAUUCGGGGGCGUCUCAGUGCGCCUGGCGCGGCUCGGAGCGCUGGAUCGCCUGGACCCCGCCGCCUUCCUGAAGGGCUUGCAGGCUGCAAUACAGCAAUGGAGAUCAGAAGGUAGAAUAGCUGUGUGGCUGCACGUUCCCAUCCUCCAGAGCCGAUUUAUUGCCCCUGCCGCUUCCCUGGGCUUCUGCUUUCACCAUGCGGAAUCGGAUUCUUCAACGCUGACUCUGUGGCUGGGAGAAGGGCCCAGCAGAUUACCAGGAUAUGCUACACAUCAAGUAGGAGUUGCAGGAGCUGUGUUUGAUGAAAAUACUAGAAAAAUAUUGGUUGUACAAGAUCGAAAUAAAUUGAAAAAUAUGUGGAAGUUUCCAGGAGGCCUGUCAGAGCCUGGAGAAGAUAUUGGAGACACAGCAGUUCGAGAAGUUUUUGAAGAGACUGGUAUAAAAUCAGAAUUCAGGUCCCUCCUGAGUAUUCGGCAACAGCACACAAAUCCCGGAGCUUUUGGGAAGUCAGAUAUGUAUAUCGUCUGCCGCCUAAAGCCAUAUUCAUUCACCAUAAAUUUCUGCCAGCAUGAAUGCUUAAGAUGUGAGUGGAUGGAUCUCAAUGACCUGGUCAAGGCUGAAAAUACUACUCCCAUCACCAGCAGAGUUGCUAGACUGUUGCUAUAUGGGUACAGAGAAGGGUUUGACAAGAUUGAUCUGACCAUGGAAGAACUUCCAGCAGUUUACACAGGCCUGGUCUAUAAGUUGUAUCACAAGGAACUGCCAGAGAAUUACAAAACUAUGCCAGGAAUGGAUUAAAUUCACAUUUACAUGUUUAAAAAAUUUUUUAAGUAAAUUGUACAUGUAGAUUAACGUAUGCCAUAUUAUAAAAAGUAGUGAACAUUUGGGAUUGAUUAACUAAAUAUCUGACUCUAAUUUUCUAAUGUAUAUGAUUUCCAUGAAUAAAAUUUGUUUGUAAAUGUGCACAUUUUAAAAGCCUCUUUUCAAAUAAAGCAAAUG